GAACCAGGGCCCAACAAGCUACCGGGCUCUUUGUUUUUCCCGGUACAUGAACUUUGCCUUCUAGUUCACCCCACGAAGAAAGAAGCAUUACAAGUUUGCUCUUUCUUUAGAGGUUGAAAUCCAAAACAAUCCGUUACCCAUCAACCGCCUUGGCGCCUUUGUGGGUCAUCAACCCUUGGGGCAUUAAAGAAAGUCCCAAAUUUGAAUGAUGAUCAAGGAUUUUUGCCAGUCAUAAAUUUUGAGAAUUUGAUAGUUAUAGUAUUUCGGAACAAUGAAAAAGCUGGCUUUUGAAAUCUCACCUGUAUUACCCUUGUUAGAAUCAUGUAAAUCCAUAAAGCAAGGUUUUCAAGUUCAUGCUCAAAUAAUCCUCAAUGGCUAUCACCACCAGUUCUUCCCCAUCGGCAGACUCAUCUCCUUCUUUGCCUUGCUGGGUUCCAGAGCUGGUCUCGAUAACUCCCAAAUUCUCUUCUGCCAAAUUGAACAUCCGAGUCAGUUUAUGUAUAACACCAUGAUAAGAGGCUUUUCCCGCAGUGAAUUCCCUGAAAAAGCACUUGUCUUUUACUCAUCCAUGCUCCACCAAGAAAACCGACCUCCAAAUAACUUCACUUUCCCAUUUUUACUCAAUUCUUGUGCAAGAUUAUCAACCCUGAAGCCAGGAAUUCAAGUUCACAGUCAUAUAAUUAAAUUUGGUUUUGACUUGGAUCUUUUUGUCCGGAAUGCUUUGAUGCACUUCUAUUCAGUUUUUAAACAUUUAAACGAUGCCCAGAUUGUAUUUGAAGGAAGUCUUGUUAGAGACCUUGUUUCUUACAAUACUAUGAUAAAUGGAAGUGCUUUAGUGGGCCAACCUGACCCUUCUCUGCAUCUCGUUAAAGAAAUGCAAGAUUUUGGUAUUCAGCCUGAUGAGUUCACUUUUGUUGCUUUGUUGUCUGCUUUUUCAUCAUGGAAUGAUUCUAGGAUCGGGAAACAGAUUCAUGGUUUUGUUUAUAGGAAUCUAUGUCGUAUUGACUCCAAUGUAGUGCUUAAGACUGCCAUUCUUGAUAUGUAUGCAAAAUGUGGGUUGAUGGAUUUGGCUGAGAGGGUGUUUAGCUCAAUGGCAAGCAAAAGUACUGCUGCUUGGAGUUCCAUGGUAUCGGGUUAUGCUCGAUGUGGAGAAACUGAGGCUGCUAGAAGAAUGUUUGAUCAGAUGGACCAACGAGAUCUGGUUUGUUGGACGGCUAUGAUAAGUGGUUAUUCUCAGUCAGGGCAAUACAGUGAGGCAUUGGAACUUUUUCUGCAAAUGGAAGGUUUGGGAAUAAGACCUGAUGAAGUUACAUUGGCUGCUGUUCUUUCAGCCUGUGCCAGACUUGGAGCUCUCAGUUUGGGUGAGAGACUUCACCAUAGGUACAUUGAGAGUGGUUUAUGCAGCCAAAAUAUUAUUCUAUCAAACGCAUUGAUAGAUGUGUAUUCAAAAUGCGGAAAAAUAGAUUCUGCUCUUGAUAUGUUUCACAGGAUUCCUAAAGAUUUAAGGACUGUUUCAAAUUUCAAUUCCAUGAUCUCUGGUCUAGCUCAGCAUGGGCUUGGUGAGACUGCUUUAGCUGUUUUUAGGGAAAUGGAACCGAUAGGGCUGAGACCAGAUAGAGUCACCUUUGUGGCAGUUUUAUCUGCUUGCAGCCACAGUGGGCUACUUGAAGAGGGCAAAGAGUUUUUUAGAUUGAUGUCGGAUUUCUAUGGUAUUAAACCACGUAUGGAACAUUAUGGUUGCAUGGUUGACCUCCUUAGCAGAGAUGGUUGUUUGGAAGAAGCUUAUGAUAUAAUUCUAGGUAUGCCAUUUGAGGCCAACUCAGUAAUAUGGAGAGCAUUGUUGGGUGCUUGCAAACUCCAUGGAAAUGUUAAGAUUGGUGAAGUUGCUGGCCAAAAACUUAUUGCACUGGAGCCUGAUCAUGGAGCUCGUUAUGUUUUGUUGUCCAACAUGCUUGCCAAUUCAAACCAAUGGGAAGAAGCUGGGAGAGUGAGGAAGGUGAUGGAAGAUAGAGGCAUCCAGAAGCCCCCUGGGUGGAGCUACACUGAGUUGGAGGGAACUCUUCAUCACUUUUUGGCUAGUGAUAAGUCUCACUUGCAAGACAGAGAGAUUCAGUCCAUGCUCCAGGAUAUGGCAAUGCGUCUUAAAUCUGCCGGGUAUGUCCCUGACACAGCACAAGUAGUGUUUGAUGUAGAUAAAGAAGAGAAGGAAACUGUUGUCUCUUAUCACAGUGAGAAAUUGGCAUUGGCAUUUGCGUUAGUCAACUCCAGCCCUGGAGAAACUAUAAGAAUAAUGAAGAAUCUUCGAGUUUGUGGAGACUGUCACUCAGCCUUUAAGCUUUUUUCUGAAAUUUACAGACGGGAAAUCAUAGUUAGGGAUGCCAUCAGGUUCCACCAUUUUAAGAAUGGGUCUUGCUCUUGUAAGGAUUUUUGGUGAUGGGAAGUUGCAGAAUGUGGUUUCUUAUAGGUCCUGUUUUGGUAAGGAUGGUCAAAACCCCAUUUUGUUAUUGAGACACGUAUGAGGAGUGAAAUAAGUGUUGUAAACUCUUAUAAGGUGGAGGGGUCUCAUAUGAGGUAAUCUGAGUGGUUGAGGUGGCUUGCUCCUCCACUGGUUAUUCGAAGCUGAAUUGUGAUACAGCUCUCUGCUUUGCUUUCAACAAGGGAAUGGUAGUUUUGGCACCAAGUUUUGGUCAGAGAGUUGAGAUUUUGGUCUCAGUUGCAGUUGGGGCAUACUUUGCGGCUUGCAACUACGCCUAGGAUUGGGAUGCAACCUAUCUUGUUCGAGACUGAUGGUGCGGUUGUGAUUCAUGAAUUGAAAUCUGUCUUCUGUGAUCAUCCAACUAUGGCUAUCUUUAGCACGAGUUUGGACAGCCAUUUUCAGGUUACGUUUGCUGCACGUUCAGCCAUGUCCGGACGUUAUGCAACUCAUUGCUCAUUGUCUUGCCUAGUAUAUUCUUUCCAACUAGAGUUUCAAAGAAUGGAUGGACAGCUGUCCUGAUUUAUUUCCAAUAUAUUUUUCUUAAAAAAAAGAAAUAGAAAUCAUGUGGUUAGGCAAGAGGAUAAACAGCAUCUAAUCCAGUGUUUGGACUAAGUUAAAUGAGGCUGAAUAUUUCUCAAUCAGCAUCUUCUUCUAACAAAGUUGACAGAUCAGUGCUUGUAUAUCUUUAUGUGCUAAUUUCCUAUGAAUAGUUUUAUAGUUAAGUUAAUCACAAACACAAGGUGCUUAAAUAUUCCCAGCAUUUCACAUGUUUC